AGAUCUCGGUAGGGUCUACCGAAAAUGUAGGAAUAUCGGCUGCGACGAGCAUGAGGAACUCUUAAAGAUUCUCCACGAACUUCACACGGUAUGAAGUGUGCUUACAAGCCUAUCCGUAAAAUUGUAGUCAUUUCUUUACACAGAUUGUGUAUUCGUUCAAUGCUAUCUAUAUACUAUAAGCACUCGGAGCAAUAGUCAUAGAUCGGGUAAUUCGUUGCAAUAGGUGGUCAGUUCAGAGAUGCUUAGGGCACCCUUCGAGCGUCUGACGCAAUCGUAUUUUCGACUCGACUACAUUGUAUGCAAAUAUGCUUCAUACACACAAUUCGAGCGCAGUAAAUGUUUAAAAGCACCUCUUCAAUGUUCAACAGAUAUAUAUUGAAAUGAUUAUUCAGAAAGACGGAUAAUGCCGCUCGGUUCAUUCACUUACACUGAAUGAGGGCAUACAUUGUCUAUGUAUUUUAACGAACGGAACCGUAUUGCAUUGUUAUUGGCUGGAACUCGCACCGCGUAACAGUCGUCGCCGACACGCAAUUAUUCAGUUGUCAGGCUCAUUUGAGCACAACAUCCAUCUGCACAUGAAGCCAAGGAUAUGACCAGCCGUCCUUUCUCGAUGGAAACACAUACGUGAAUGUAUAAACAAUCAAGUGUAUAACUAACUACAAGUGGUACGCUUGUAUUUAUACCAAUAGCUUUCACGACGGCUGUCCAUAGGACGAUUUAUCUAACAAAUGACAGUUGGCAUUCAUCUAAAAAUACCAGAUCGUGUAGUCCUUUAGUAGUCUUUAUUAAACGGUUCUCAUUUUACUACACGUAUUUCCUUGGUGAAUGCUGGAUUUUUCCUAUUUUUUAAACAUUGCCUAUUAUAUAUUGGCUAACUCCGUGUGGGAAUCGGACAUUUCAGGAAUUGUAUUGGCAGUCAUUAGUCAACUCCUGGGCCAAAAAUGAAAAUCUCAGUUUAGAACGACCGCAACCUUACAAAGGACAUGCGAAUAUCGAUCAAUGCCUAUUAUUAAACCCUUGAAGUGUCUUGAAAUAUGGAUAAGAUUCUUUAGCGUCAGCCCAGAGGUAGCGCUAUUAGAUUUGCGAGUCCAUCAGCCCCGAAUUCUAUAACGUCACACUAGGCAUGAUAUAGACAGGUCUGAAUAUUUAAAAUUAUAGCUAUAAUGGCCGAAUAUAGUAACGUAUUUAGUAUACUUUACUUAAUUACAGUAGCCCAACUGUUAGUAUUGUAACAACCGUCACGUAGACGCUGCGGGACGUAACCUUUCCCUUUGCCGCAUGUAGCUAAGCAGUCUGUAGAGUCAUCAUCGAAGAAAAGGAACACUUCAGUAUUCUGGAUGAUCGCCAUGUAGACGAAGCGCCGCUACCGUUCACUAAGCUAGCCAGUGCUAUAUUGUAUCGGCUUUUGUCACUGAUUGGGCAAGGGAAAUGAACAACAAAGUCGACUCGAAAAAAAAACGAACAAACAAGCAAAGAUCACACGCAUCAUCUACAGUUAGGUAUGGACAGAAGGAGAAAUGACUAAUGGAAUUUAAGGAAGCGCGAAAAUCCGACGUGAUACGACGAUCACGUCGUGGAUGCCGGCGAGAUCAUUGUACUUCACUCACAUGAAGGAGCUUUUCCUCCUCGCUCAAAUUGGCCUAGCAAGAACGGAUCAUCAGCAUCAUCAUCGUGUGCACCGACGCCUUGGCAGCUUAGCGAUGUGUAACGUCUUCCAUUGGCAACGAGGCCGCUAUUAUGACACGGGCAGUUGCCAUUGUCGUCAUCAGUUCAGUCUUCAGCUGUCGCUCAAGUGAACUGCUUGUUUGCAUCCUCUGUUUGAACUCGGAACCGAAAUAACGGUUAUGAGAUACGAAAGAGAGGCUUUGCAUAGUGCUAGGUCACAGGAAUAUAAUACGGUGGAUAAUAGUAAAAGUAGCAUUGGAUUAUGGUUGGACCGUAUUCUGUCCUACGUCGAAAGGAAGGAUGACAAAAACAUUAAUGUAGUGUUAAUAAUAAUAAUCACGAUAUUAGCCGUAUCAGCAAGUAAAGCUUGUAUAUAAGCUGUUAUAGAUGGACCUCCGAGUGGCUUAUUAGUAAACGUAGGACGCUAGAACCGUUGCGUACUGUACUAAUUAGUCCUAUUUUGCAGCCCACCGUAAAUAACAAGGUUCCUAUGCAGUCUGGUAAUAAAAGACUUUUCAGAUACGUCUCUUUGUAGGUAUGUUUCUGUUCUAACGCGUGAGAUAUGUAGGCGUAAUUAAACCUAAGAGAACAAUGAUACGUUUUAUUUCAUGCUCCUAGUGGGCAUUCGUUGUUUUGAUGGACUGAAAAUACGUUGACCUGAUUAUUUAUUAUACCAGUAUAAUGAGGCGGAGACCCUGGUCUAUGUAAAUCUAGUUCUCAGGCCUUGACCUGCACAUACCUCUUCCUUUCACAAAUAUGGCUUUAUAAACAUACAAUAAUGCGCUGUAGCCCCUCCGUUAUGUCGAAGAUGUAUACUGGAUUAACACAAUUUGUUUGUUUAGCAAUUGGUAUCAUAAUAAAAAGAGCGUGGCAGCCUCAGGCCCUUGAAGCGGAGUGACGUAUCCAACUAUCUGUAAUAGAUUCUAAAUGAUCUGAUGAUUUUUGACUAACUGUUUCUAGUAGCUCGCUGGCUAUAGCGAUGACGUCAGGCUCCGCCGGUGAGUCAGCGCUUCCGCAUUGCUAUUAACAUCGUCUUCCCGCCUGUCUUUUUCUAUGACGCGUAAACUGCUCUCCGCUUAUUGAAAAGCAGAUUUUUUUUGUUUUGGGCAUUAAACUAUUCUACGAUUGCAAUGUUGACUGUUGUAUCCGAUUCGGAAUGCUGGGCUGCCGUCUGGGCCAACCUUCUGGGUAGCUGAGUGAUGUCAUACAUAUAUAUAAAAUCGUGUCUGUUUUUGUGGUGAAUCAAAGUCAACUCAUGCCAGGAAGUAGAAGUUCCAUCGCUAUACCAUUCGAUUCCAAAUCUACAAAUCUCUUGCUAAUUGAGAGAAAUGUCCAUUGUGUGAUGUCGUUUUAUAGUAUUGCGACAAGUUCCUUGUGAAUUCGUUACCAAAGCGUCGGAAUUAAGACACAUGUCACAAUUGUUUCGUGGGAUAUAUGGAAUUAUAACGUCUAUUUUAAAAUGCAAUUUACAAAGACGCUAGUAGGCACCACUCUCUUGAAGUCUACAGGACUAACUGUAACGCGCAAAAGUUACCUCGAUCAUGCGCAACUUUCCAUUAUGGUGGUUAGCCCCCUUAUAAGGAUUAUAAGUAGAUAAAAUAUACUCUGAGGUUGUUAGACAUCAUACGUAUGCACCCGUUUGACUCUAUUUCAGUAAUAGCAAGAGGUUAGAAGUAGCGUAUAUACAUAUAUAGCGUGGUAAUGCAUCGACAUCCACUGUGGCUUCCUGGUUGUUCUCUUCCUUUUCCGCCCUACUUCUCACUGAAAACGACACUUGGUGGAUACGUUGAAGUACGUCGAUGGCAGUACAGGUGAAUUGAGCUGUUCAAACGUAUAGCAAAUAUACAUGGGCGGCCAUCCAUGGAUUAAAUGUGUGUUUGCUAGUUAUGUGUAGUUAAACCGAAAUACGCCCAACGACGGCCAUAUAGUCAACUUCGGCGUGAACUCAACAAUUGUCUUCAGUCAGUAUGUGCAUUACGCCGAUGAUGAUGGCGUUUCGCAUACCAAUUUCUGUUCAUGCGUUGUGAUUGCUUUCUUGUAGUACUGACGUUUGUACGUCCGCGCUUACAUUACGUAUAUCGCAGCUACUUCCGAUAACAGACAAAGAUAUCGAUUUAGUCAACUGGCUGCUGCCUAAAUGUACUUACAAACGGGAUAUCUAAUCUUUCCUAUGGCGAAAAAAGGUACUAUACAUUUGAAUGGUAUGAAUACAACCACUUCGACGUUUUCGUCCAUUAACGUGCUGGCAGAGACUCACAGAAGAAGACAUCACAGAGAAUCGGUGCUUCACUGAUCCUGUCGUCCUGGACAUUUUAGCCGCGGCAGCUAAUGCUACACGCCAGCUUAUACAGAAGCGGCCUAGGAUGGUGCUAGUUCAUUGUAACCCUUGCUCCUGUUGUUGGCGUCGUUACGUUUUCUGACUGACUGGUUAAGUAAAAGCGAAAACAGUCGCCAGUCUUCCAUGGUCUUCAGAGUGUAUCGGCUCGCUGGAUGUCUGGCUUGCGCGAUGCUGCCGCCCACGGAUUUGCCGGGCCGUAGCGUUGAGCUACGACGACGAGCUGGGAGGCAGCCGACAAAGCAGUGACGAACCGUACGCAUAGUCAGCCACUGCUGCCUCUACGCGGACCCUUAGACUGCUAAGCGAAAAUGACUCCGAACAGAUCGGCCUGGCUCAGAAUUUUAAGAUUUAGGAUUCCAUUUUGCGCAUUUGCUAAUAACGAAACUAGUUAAAGUGGAUCGCAGAUGAGGACAGAAAGAGCUGUCGGCCGUCUGUAUCAUUAUUAUCAUCAGCGUCUUGAUCAGAUCCGUACGCAUUUCAGGUUCUAGAAAUGCCAUCACAAUUCGAAGCGUAUUGUUCUCUUGUCGGCCUUGGUUAGAAAUAAGACAACAAUGAAAUUGGCUGAAAUCGAUUGCAUACGCUGCGCAGUAUUAUAGUUGUCAUUUUCCGAUAAAUGCGGUUCAGGAUCGAUCUGAGGUGGCGUCAAUUAGCCGCGUCGACUAGAUACACGUACACACAUGCGGUACGCCGUCGUGAAGGAUUUGCCCCGACCCUUAAAACGUCUCGAAAAUCAGAUGACUAUUUUAGUUUCGUUGCGAUAAUCGAGAAAGAGUACUCUCAUAUUUGCAUAUCGUAGUGCCACUGCGUAUGUAGACUGUGAUCUGUAGAGAAGGGUGUGUUUCGGCCAUGCGUGCAUAGCAAGACGAUGAAGACGUAUCAUACGUAUCGCGCUAUGGAGCAACAGGCCCACGCAAAACUAGCGGUCGUUGAGGGUAAUCUCUCCAAAGUAGAGCAGGGCUUACCCAAGGAGAAGAUAGCGAAAUCACGAAGGUACCGGCUGCUAAGCAAGGAACGUCAAAAGCGAUGGGACAAGGCUGAGGAAGCGCGAAUCAAGGCACUCAAGGCCCGCAACGACUACGUCCUAUGCGUCGUAGCGGCAAAUGCCGGUGUACAAAAGUACUUUGUUGACGAUCUUUCCGACCUCAUUGAUGCAGUCGAUUUUGGUUUCCAUACGAGUCUAUCGAGAAGUUUGCUCAUGUAUAAUUCAACGCUCGAUUCUCUCCAAAAGUCGCUCAAAGGAAGUCAAGACGCCAUGAAAAAAUGCCUCGAAUGUCUCGAUUCACGAGCCGAUAAACAAAAAUUCCUUGAAAGUAACAAUGCUGCUUUUAUGGCACCGAACAAAUUUUCAUUUCAAGCCCAUAAAGGCGACGUUGCCUCUUCCGCGUCUAACCUUAAUGGCGCUGCGGGUGCCGCUAACUCAGUUGAAAAAGUGACUGUACAGGUAGAGGACGCCAUCUUCGAAGAUAUGGAUCAACGAUUUAAGCUGCUACAAAAACGCUUAGGUGAUCUGAAAAUCGAAAAUGAAGAAGUCUGGAAGACUCUAGAGACAGCCGAGAAAACAUUAAUGGAUAUGAUUGAGUCACGCGACUACGAUGUAUCGCCUCAUUUCGAUUCGGAGUCGGAUCUACCACAAGUAUCGAUCCUCAACUCGGCUGUACCGUCAUCUGUCGGUGGGCAUUCACUUGACUUUAAGUCGGGUUCCCCACUUAAUGGUGCCAGCCUCAUUCCGAAGCCGCCCGAGACAGCUGCCAUUAAGCUAAGGGCGGACAAGCACGAGACUGAAGACUUCUAUUUGGAGAAAUUUCGAGAAUACUCGAUGCAGUGUUCAGUCAUCACGCGACUACAAGCCAGGUUUGACUCGAUGGAAGCGGCGUUGACACGGAACAACGCAUCGGGACUUGAGCGUGGUCGAAAUACUGUAUCUUCUGCACCACCGAAGAGGCCACGCCGUAAGCGAAUCGGUCGCCAGGCCGUAACCGGUCAACCGAAGCUAUUCGGUGGAAGUCUCGAGGAGUACGCAGAGGCCACGGGUCAAGAAGUGCCAUUGAUCGUCCGUUCAUGCAUUCGGGUAAUUAACCUCUUUGGAUUACAUCACCAAGGGGUAUUUCGAGUAUCGGGAUCACAGGUCGAGAUCAACAACUUCCGAGAAGCAUUCGAACGGGGCGAGGACCCUUUGGCAGACGUGUCCGAUUCUUCGGAUAUCAACUCUGUCGCUGGGGUACUCAAGCUCUACUUGCGGGAACUCCGCGAGCCGCUAUUUCCCAUCUUCUACUUUGAUCAGCUCAUGGAAAUAAGCCAGCUGAGCUCGAAGAAGGAAGCGGAAUUUGUGUCUCGUGCAAAGGACGUCGUGCGGAACCUGCCUCGACCUCACUUUGCCGUUUUGCGAUAUCUAUUUGCCUUUCUUAAUCACCUAUCGGAGCUAUCCGACGAAAAUAUGAUGUGCCCGUGGAAUCUGGCGAUAUGUUUCGGCCCAACGUUAUUACCAAUACCCGAGGACAAAAACCCUGUUCAGGUUCAACCACUCGUCAACGAACUCGUCAAGGGUCUGAUAGUACAUCAGGACGAAAUCUUCCCAACGUCCGUUGUGGAGUCGGGCGCGGUAAUUUACGAAAAAUAUAUCACCCCUGCUGAAGGUGUCGAGGGACCGCCGGAAGAGCUGGACUCGUUUGACGCCUCGCCUUCAGAUGUGUCCGCUCACAAUAUAUCUACACUGCUCACCGAUGAGGAACUUCUCGACGAAUCUUGCGCCUCAACGCGAGGCGACCAAGUAGCAGCGCAUCGUCGAAGUGCCAGUGCAGACGGGGCUAGCGGAAGCAAUAGCAACAAUGCUAGCGAUGGUGAUCUAGUCAACGACGAAGCGGAGAUCUCACUAAAUCUUUUCGGAAAGGAGGAUUCCCUCGAAGCAAUAGCUCAGUACGACUUUCAGGCCCGUCAUGAACGCGAAUUGUCGUUUCGACGAGGCGAGGUGCUCCGACUGACCCAGCAAUUAUCAGCCGAUUGGUGGAGAGGUUCUCUUCGGGGCAGGCAAGGGCUCGUGCCUGACAAGUACAUCAUGCUUAAUAUUAGAGACGAUCAGCGUGAAGCAUCGGCAUCUGGUGGAGAGGACCGAGCUUCUUCUGCUUUCUCUGACAGCUUGGCGUCGGCUUCGGUCAUCAAGGACAACCUUAAUCGCCAGGGGCAACACCGUCCAGCGGUCGACUCUCAGACAAGCGACCCACAGGUAGCGUUAUCCUCGCAGACAGCCAAUAAUGUUAAUCCAAGCAGCACGAACGGCAUCGGAGCAGGUUGGUCGGAAAUUGGCAGCACUGGCAGAUCAGGCACCGUAAAAUCGUCAAUAAUACCAUCAAACGGUCUUCUUAUCACGGCUAUUGGAUCUCCAACCUCCAUGGCUACCACCGCUUCCACUUCGGUCGAAGCCCCGUGGCAGGCUCGUCGAAGGUCCCUCAGUCCUACAGAGAUCGUUGGCAAUAAAGUGUUAGAUUGUUCUGCUCCGACGCUGCACAUGACCUCGUUGAAGCGGAAGCUGCCCCUCCGUACCAGUCUUAGCGUUGACAACGCCCCUCAGCCGGAAUUCGUUUCACCUACUAGUACGAUCCUCAACACGAGCGCCGUUUCGUCUGCAUCAUCGUCUGCCGAAGACAGUUCACCCCAUCACACAGGGGCCAUCUCGCGCCUUCGUCGUCAAAGUCCACUGCAGUUUGGUCGGCAGCAGUCACCCGUCAAUUUACCUCAACGGCGAGCUAUUCACGCAGAGUCGUUUGAGUCAAGCGCCGAACUUGCUCGUGACCUAUCUGAAGCAUUGCAUCAAGCAAUAAACAGUCUGGCAUCAGCUGAAAAUGGCGGUGUGGCGACCCAUACCGCUACCGAUCUCAGUGCAAGCAACGAAUCAGCUGUUGGCGGCAGUCUUCUUGAGGAGCAGCAUCACAAGCCGCGUAUGCAGACAAACAGCUUUUCACAGAACAGUAUUGUCGGCUUGCGUUCCCAUGAGUCCUCAACAAGCGGUGUUCGAGGAAUCUACCCCGCACGGGUAGCGGUCGAAAGAUUUGAACCAAUAGCAAUUGCUGCAGCUAUUGUUGAACCAACUGUACAGGUGGCGGCGGUGAGGGCGAUCAAAAAUGACGCCCCUGACCUGGUGCAGGAUCUUCCACCGACUUCUGCAUCUGGAGGAUCCUCCGGAGGCGAAGAAGAUGAUUCACCAUCACCGCAGCCUUCCUCAAUAGACCCCACGUCAACGGGAGUACACGGUGCGCCCGACGUCAAAGAUAACCCGUCGGCAAAUAGUAACUUGCUUACAAUGGACUCCCGAUCGCAGAAUCUUAGCACUGCUGAACGCUUCGCCAUGUCCAACCAGUGCACAAUUCGCAAAGGAUCUCCAAGGCCGACUCCACGCAAUUACGAACGUUCGUUGAGUUCGGGCAGCUCGACUCCGUCUACGCCGUCCAGUUCACCUCAGCAGGGCGUUCUUAAUGCCGCACCCGGAGAUCCUUUCGUCAUCGCACAGCAGAGCUCGUCACGACGUAGCUCGAUUGGUAGCGUGUCGCCAGUGUUGUCUCUUGCUUCUACGACUACGUCGUCCCCAUCGGUUCAGAAGCUCAAGAAAAUGUUUUCGGAACCUGACCAGCGGACACCCGCGCCACCGCUGAGUCCUAAGCCAGCCCUGAAAGCGAAACCCGUAACAUUAAUGAAGCUUGGAAGAAGAACUAACCCAAUUGUAGCGCCUAGGGUCAGUCCACCGAAUACGAAGAUGGAUAACAAGGCCGAGAAAAUUAACAUACCGCAGGGGCAGCUCGCUAUCGAAGAGGAGGGGUUGCCGACAACGUCUGCUAGCGGUACGUUACAAUCAGCGCCGACAAGCGGGCCUAUCAGAGAGUACAAACAAACAUCAUGUUGAACAAACGGAUUUCUGAAUGAUUUCGCCAUUCGAGUUAUUUUUUGUGUUUUUGUUCUGCCUGCAACAGAAAGUUCUGUGUGUUUGCUUAAGAAUGACAAUAAGUCUGAAGUACAAAGCCAGGAAGGGAAAGCAUCUUCUUUGGCUAAUCGAGAUUUACGGCGGUAUGAAGAGAUCUGGUCAAUUAGUUGUCUCAUUUCCUUCUAAGUAUGGUUGUGUAAUUAGAAAAGCUGCUGUUCGGUAGCUUUGCCAGAGAGUGUUCAAGCAUCGAGUAGAGUAUAUAACGCUGAAUGUAUGUACUUAGGUUAUACAAUAAUGGAUAUCAUAACUGGUGUGCUGUCGACAACGGAUACCACUACGGACAGAUUCAUGAGAAAGCUGAAUAUAUAUAUAUAUAUAUAGAG